AAUAUCUGGAAAUCAUUGAUCUUUUAAUUAGGAUUCGGAAUUGAAAAGUCGAAGGGUAGAAUUCAUCGAGAUUAGAUGAUUAUGGAUCCGUGUCUUGCUGAGUUUUCUGUUCCUGUGAACGGAUUCAGAGUCGAUGAUCAGUCUGGUUUCUAUCAAAACCUUGGCAACGGGCUCAAACUUGAGCAGCCCUUUGAUGACUGCAAUCUCAUGGAUCUUCCUUUGCUACCCCCCAACGCCGACUCUUCCGGCUUGCUUCCAGCUCCUCCACCUACGGGUGUUAUCCAUGAGGAAGAUUCCCCUGAAGACUGCGAUUUCUCCGACGUGGUUCUCAAUUACAUAAACCAGAUGCUUAUGGAAGAAGAGAUGGAGGAGAAGACAUGCAUGUUCCAGGAGUCCUCUGCCCUUCAAGCCGCCGAGAAAUCAUUAUAUGAGGUUCUCGGCCAGAAGUAUCCCCCUUCGCCUGACCAACACCCUCUCUAUUACGAUCAAGAAACCGAAAGCCCCGAUGAUUUUUUCACCAGCAGCUCAAGUAAUUCUAUCAGCAGUGGUAAUUCUCACAGCAGCAACACACUGGAUUCGAGUUUGACUUCAGAUCUCGGCGAGCACAAGCCCACUUGGACGGAUUCUAUCCCCGCCGACUAUACCUCUCAGUCCACUUCCUACGCUCGCUUGGGUUUUUCCAACGGCGUCACCAGCGCCGUAGAUGGAUUCGUGGAGCCACCUGUGAGUAGAAUUCAGUUUCCUGAUUUGUUCAGCGAGAUCGAAUCUGUUACGCAGUUCAGGAAAGGAGUGGAGGAAGCUAGUAAGUUCCUUCCAAAUGGUAACAACCUUUUCCUUAAUCUAGAGAAGCGUGGCGUGUUCCCUCGGAGUCGGAAUGAACCCAAAGAAGAGCUACUCCGAAGCGAACCCAAGAAAGAGCUACGCCGUAGAGAAUCGAAGGAAGAGAUACUCCGGAGAGAAUCGAAGGAAGAGCAUCUGCCACCCAUCAAGGUGGAGACAAAGGAUGAGAGAGAGUAUUCACCUACUGGGGGAUCCAAGGGAAGGAAGCAUCUUCAUGGGGAGGAAUCAGACUUAGAAGUGGGGAGAAGUACCAAGCAGUCAGCAGUUUACACGGAGGCGACCGAGCGGACGGAUAUGUUUGAUAUGGUGUUGCUGUGUCAUCCUGGAGGGAAAGGUGAGUCCCCUCUUUAUGAUCUCCGCGAAGCUUUGCAGAACGGAUUAAGCAAGAAUGGGCAGUCGAAUGGACCCAGCGGUGGCAAGACCCGUGGUAAGAAACAGGUGGGUAAAAAGGAAGUGGUGGACUUGAGAACCCUCUUGAUCCAUUGCGCUCAGUCCGUCGCGGCUGAUGACCGUAGGAGUGUUAAUGAACUAUUGAAGCAGAUCAGGCAGCACUCCACCCCUUACGGCGAUGGGAAUCAAAGGUUGGCCCAUUAUUUUGCAGAAGGCAUAGAGGCACGCUUGGCCGGCACAGGCAGGCAGCUUUACAUGGGUGUCUCCAGCCUGAGAACAUCGGCUGCCGAUGUUCUCAAGGCCUACCAUCUGUUCCUUGCUAUGUGCCCAUUCAAGAAGAUAUCUAAUUUCUUUUCCAACAGGACCAUUUUGAAUGCGUCCGAGAAAGCAACGAGACUCCACAUUGUUGAUUUUGGCAUCCUCUAUGGUUUUCAAUGGCCCUCCCUCAUAGAAAUUCUUUCAAAGAGAGAGGGUGGACCUCCAAAGCUUCGGAUAACAGGGAUUGAACUCCCCCAGCCUGGUUUCAGGCCGUCGGCUAGAGUUGAGGAGACUGGGAAGCGAUUGGCCAAUUAUGCUAAAACUUUCAAUGUUCCCUUCGAGUAUAAUGCCAUUGCACAGAAAUGGGAAACAAUUCAGCUUGAAGAUCUCAAGAUUGACAGGGAUGAGGUGCUAGUCGUCAACUGUUUGUACCGGUUGAGAAACAUCCUCGAUGAGACCGUCGUUGUGGACAGUCCAAGGAAUGCAGUUCUUAACCUGAUAAGAAGGAUGAACCCUGCUGUUUUCGUGCAUGGGGUUCUCAAUGGAGCUUACAGUGCCCCUUUCUUUGUUACAAGAUUUAGGGAGACACUCUUUCACUUCUCUGCUCUGUUUGAUAUGCUUGAAACCAAUGUGCCGCGUGAGCUUGAAGAGAGGAUGCUGAUUGAGAGAGAUCUCUUGGCUCGGGAGGCGAUAAAUGUCAUAUCCUGUGAGGGCUCAGAGAGGCUAGAGAGGCCUGAGACGUAUAAGCAGUGGCAGGUCCGGAAUCUUAGAGCUGGACUUAAGCAGCUUCCAUUGAACCCAGAGAUGAUGAAGAAGGCGAGGGAUAGGGUGAAAUCUUGUUAUCACAAGGAUUUUGUGAUUGACCAAGAUGGCCAUUGGUUGCUGCAGGGAUGGAAGGGAAGGAUUAUUUAUGCAAUUUCCACUUGGAAACCUGCCUACGAUUCCUGAAAAUUCUUGUUUACUUUUCCCUGUUCAGGAGA